AGAACCUCAACCCAAGAAGAGAAGGGGUGGAAGGAAGAAGAAAGUGGUGAAGAAAGUGGUAAAGAAAGUGAAGAAGGAACCAACUGAACAACCGGAAAAAAAACUGUUAAAUCCUAAAUCGAUGGUGAGAUAUGACAGCGCAGUUUGUAAUGGUUAUCAGUCAAUAUGGGUGUGCAAAAAUUGUCUAACAACUGUGCUGUCGGAAAAUGAUGUUAACCCCCAUAUUACAAGAUGUAAGAAACGGAUGACUUUCAAUAUACGCGGAGUUACGAAAAAUCGAGUUCCAGUUAAUUGUUUUCGACAAACUGCUAGUCCGGAGCCUUAUAUUUGUAAAUGCUGUAGUUUGGUAUUCAGACGGAAAGUUACACUAGAUCGACACCUGAUAAAUAAAAAAAAUAAAGCUACCACGUCUGACGAAGAAGAAGAUAAUCGUAAAACAAAAAGAAA